AUGGUAUGUAUAAUAUAGAAAUCAUUCUGAAGUGAUAAUAUAACCGAGCAAUCAUUAGUGUAAAACCAGCGCAACAGAUUGACCGAUUAAAAACAGCAGCGUAGGUAUAUAUUUUAUAAAAAAAAAAAAAGUACUUGUACCACGAGCAAUAACAAUAAUAUAUAAGUUUCGUUUUCACUACUAUAUUGCAGUGUGCAAUGCAAUUGCCAGUUUUGAUCUUGGUGCUGGCAGCCAUCGCGCUCACCGCGGAUGGUUUGGCGAUUUCGGACGUCGACGGUGAACAUCCCCUGAACAGAGAACGCCGCAUGGCCUGGCCUUUUUAUUGGAAUUUCGGUACAACUACGCCGGAACCCGGAAUAGUCCAUUGCCCUAAGGAAACAGUGUAUGUCCAAGAGCAUAAUGGAUGUUUUCCCACGGAGAUGGUUUGCCCGGAAAUUUUGGACCCAUUAUACGCUAAAGGCCAUCCAUGUGUCCGUAUUGGCAAAGGCAAGAAGCUAUCCAAAUAACCCUAAGACGAUUGAGAUCAACAAUGCACAUACCAACUUGCAUUUAACUGCGAUAUAGUAUAUCUCAAUUAAAACCGUUGGAAAAUCAUCUUGGGUACCUGUAUUAUUUUAUUCACGAUUCAGUUGUAUUUACGGUUUUUUUUUUAAAUUUUAUAUGGGAUAUGGUAUUUACAUUUAAUUUUAAGUAAUUUAAUGAUUUUAAAUUUCAAUAAUAUUCUUUAUUAGUUACAUAAAAGGUAGUUGUAGACAUUUGUAUUAUUCUUAAUAUUUCCGAAGUUUGUGUUGACUGUAUUUGUUAAGAAAUAAAUGUAUACAUGUAUGUAACACAAUUUAUAAUAUUGGCUCUGCAAAUUAUGGCGUAGGUACAUUUACUAUAAUAAACAAAAGAUACAUUUGAGUAAUAAUAACAAUAUUAUAUAAGUACCUAUAUUAUGUUAUAUUUUAUAAAAGUAAUUGUAUUUGGAUACUGCAAUUCAAUGCGACAUAAGUUAUAAUUAACAUAAAAAAAAAGAAAUGCUACUCUUAAAAUAUGAUACAAGAUUUAUUGGUAGUAAACAAAAUUCGCAACAAUUUUAAAUUAUGAAAUCGUUAAAAGGACGUUAUAUAACGUUAUAUACUUGAAUGUGCUGUCUUCGUCUUGCAAUCGCGUGACAACAAAUUUUCAUUUAGCAGGGACAAUUCUGUACUGCUGCACUGUUAGUUUUAAUCUUGGAAUGAAUUGACUUAUUAUCAAACAUUAAUAUAAGAACACUAUCUAGGUCGUUUUAAAUAAUCGUGAUAUUUUACAUAUUCAUGUUGUUUUGCUUAAAAAUUAAAAUUACCAAAAACAAAAAAAAAAAAACGUCAUAUUUUGACGUGUUAUUUUUUAUGUCAUAAUAAUAAGUUAAUUUAUUCUAUAAUAUUAUAACUAACAGUACAGAGUUCUCCCGGCUGAAUGAAAAUUUGUUUUGUUGUGGGUUUGUAAGACGGAGACAUCACAAUGAGGGUAUAAUGUCUCUUAACGCAGUAAAUAUUUAUCCAUUUUUUAUAUACGUUUUUUUUCAUUUUCCCCUUAUUACAGUAAAAACUGCUUCAAAAAUUAUAAAAUUAUUUCUCUAAUGUACCAACUGCUAUAAACAACAAAAAAAUAUCUUUUGUCAUUUUAUUGAUUGGAGUAAAAUUUCUGGUAAAUUUUUUCAUAGGUAGAAAAAAAAGUCAUAUACUAUAGUCAAACUAUAAUACAUUUAUCGCUACGCUUAGAAUCUAAAAUAACUCUUAGCUUUAGCCAAAAUUUUCGCUUGAUAAUACGUUUGUUUUGUAGGUAUGAUACUCAAACCGAAUAAUGUAGCUUAAGGUGAUUUAGGCGAAGAAUAAUUUAAAACUUUGAACAAGUACCUACUUCAAUAAUCAAUUACUGGAGUUCUCUACUAGUUACUCUGUAUAACUCAUGCUACUUGAUAAUAUUUUUAUAAAAUACAUCUUAAUACGCCAUGAUUUCAUAUUGGUUACAAAAUCGCAUAUAGAUGAUUUUGAAAAUAGAUGCCUGAUAUAUUAUAGUUGUCAAUAUUGUUGCAGCAAGAUUUUAUUUUAAGUGCAGUCACAGGUAUUGGGGGACUUCGUCCCUCCUUACUUUAACUCCUAAAUUUACACUACAAAAAUGAACAGACAGCCCAUAAAUAAAAUAUUUAUGUAUUUUCAACUAUAUAUAAUUUUACAUAAUUAUAUUGAUUACACAUAUAAUAUAUAUAUAUAUAUAUAUUUUAAUUAUUAAAAUUGAUAUAUUUUUUUUAUACAACAUUAUAUUUAUCCAUUGAAAAUACAAAACAUAAGUACCUGUAUAAUAUUAUAAAACAUAAAAAGCCAAAUGAUCGUUUAAUUUUUAAUUUUUUUAAUAACAACGGCGGCAAUAUACCUACAAUAAUGAUAAUGAAACGACGAGUAUAUAAUAUUAUUAUCGUCAUGUACAUAAAACAAUAUUAUUAUAUAUUAUAUAUUUGUUGAACCGAUUCAAUUAAUUAUACAUUAUAAUUAUUAUUAAAUUUGGUCAAAUUUUCACGUAUUCGAAAAUUUUGCAAAUAUAUAAUAUUAUAUAUUAUAAUAUUGAAUAAUAUUAUUAUGGUAUUUGCAUUUUAUAAUAAUAUAUUAAGAAAAUUUAUAACAAUAAAAUAUAAGAAAUAUUAAUAUAAUUAUCGCACAUUAUACUGUUACGCCCCGCCGUCCGGACACUAUCAGUUUCGAAUAAAUAGAUAAUAAAACAAUGAUAAAAAUAAUAAAAAUAAUAAAAAUAAUAAUAAAAUAAUGAUAAAAAAAAAAAAAAAUAAAAUAUAAAAAAUAAUAAUAAUAAUAAUCCCGUAUACCUUAGAUUUAUAUGUAAAAAAACAGAAAAUUAACAAAAAGAAAAAAAUAGAAAAUUACGUAUAUUAUAAUAAACACACAAAUCUAUUCGUCAGCCUACCUAUAAUAACUAAUGAUUACAAAUACAUAAUAUAAAAUAUUAAUAAAGUACUAAUAUAUAUAAUAAAUAUUCGUACGAAUAGUAAAAAUAAACAUUUUCCAUUAUACGAAGCUUAAAUCUAUAAUAAUAAAAUGCUUAAUAAGGGCGGAACCUUCGUUCGAAUACAUAACUACAAAAAACAUGGCUGAAAACGUAUUGGCGAAAUAAAAAAAAAAAAAACCAUUUAUACGUAUAAUAUUAAGUAUAAAUGGCGAAAAAAAACGGACUAUGUAUUGUGAUUUGAUUUUUUUUUUUUUUGAAAAUUGUUAUUCCGGCAAUAUUGUAGUAUUUAUUAGUACUUGAAAACGAGGCGGGAACAAUGAAUUCCGAAUUUUGAAUUUUACAUUAAUUCAGGUUACUGUUUUUUUAUAUUUAUUUUAAGAGCAAAAAUGAUUGAAAUUAAAAAAAAAAUUGCUUAAAAAAAUAGUGCGCGAAACCGAAUUUCCGAAAUCCUGAUUUAAAUAAAAUACAUAGGUACCUAAUAAAUAUAAGUAAAGAUAGCCGAUAGUAUACAGUGGAGAACUACAAUAUGUGGAAGAGUUGAAAAACAUGUGACACCAUCACUAUUGUGAUGAUAACUAUUUCGUCAAGGUUGGAAAUAUGUGUGUAACAUUUUAUCAUUUGAUAAGUUAACGACACAGUGAAGUGUAUUGGAACAUUUAUUUAGUUACAGCUCUUAAUUAUUCUUCUGAGCUCGGGUUAUAUUAUGAAAAAAAAACUUCACGCUGUCACUGACUAGCAGACACCUAUAUAUAGAUCGACGCGGAUGGAUUUGAAUAAGAUAUUUAUUAAAUAAAACGAAAGGUAAAAAAGAAAUAGUCAAACGGUAAAAAUAGUAAUACGCUGUGUAUAGUGUACACGUUCCGAUAAAAUAAUGUUAAAAAAAAUUAUUAUCCACACUAUAGAACGUGUGUUAUUAUUUGUUAUUAUAUUCGGGGUAGACAAUUAUGUAGGUAUGCCCGACAAACCUAUUUAAAAAAUAUACGUGGCUAUGCACUUAAAAGUUACCGAAAUAUGCUCUUAGAAAAAAAAAAUUGGUGUCGAUCAAUUUAAAAACCUGUUUCAACGUUUUAUCGAAAACUAGGAAGUUAAAUAACUACCGUAUUACCGCUACCUGUUACCGUAUUACAAGCUUACCUGCUUGUCUCUGUAAACCUUUAAACCUUGAGCAAUUAUUUUGUAAUUAUCGAUUUUUUUUAGGUAGGUAUAUAGUGUAUACUACAGAAAACAGUUAGAGUAAAAAAUUAAAAACAAAUCUGAACAAAUUUAUAUACUCUAUAAAUGCUUGGAAAAAAACCCUGGAAUUUCAAAAUAAAAUUAUAAAUAUAGAACUAUUUUUAGGAAACACAUUUUGGUAUGGAAUUUUUAGCUACCUAUUUAUUCGGCCAAUCAGUAUAGUUGUGGUCCGAAAUUCGAAUAAUGAUUAAAAAAAACUUGGUAUACUUAGACACUUAAUGUGUGUGGACUCGAUUUAGAGGUAGGUGGUUCGGUCGAGUUUUGGAGGUGCCAAUUCUCCACCUCCGCCACUGUAUAUACACCAAAAGUUUGCAAUCGACAAAAAAAAUAGGUAAUAGGCAGUGGUGGCAUGAAUGGGUAUCCUAUAGAGCAGCUGCUUCGUAGCUCGAAGCAUAUGUUGAAUACAGGAACAUCUAGUAGCCAUAGUUACAGUUCCUGAUUCUUCUGGCUUUAGGUUAUACGAGGUUAUUACAAUUUCACUGAAACUACUUUAUAGAAAAAAAAAACUUCACUUCGCCAUUGAUAAUAGGUAUAUGAAAAAGCGUACGUAAACGUCUGCCCUGACUGGUCCGAUUAUAACAAUUUUAAUAAUAUCUCUAUUCACGUUCUCCUGUUCCACCGCUAAGUCACAUUGCAUGUACGUAUAAAAGUAAAAAAAAAAAUAUAUAUAUGUAUAAUAAAAUUGUAUACGAUCGGCAGCGUUGUACAGUAAAAAAAAAAAAAAAAACGACAACUACAAUAAUCUAUACCUAUACUUAUCUACCAACGUAUUAACGUAUAAAGUUAUUUUUUUUGCAUCCCGUAUUUAAAAAAACCACGUUCGACGACGGGGCCGGACAUAAAAUAUUAUUAGAUUAGUUGAGCAAUUUGUUUUCAGCUUGUAUACAGGUAAGUAAUAAUAAUUUAUUAUUAUAAACCGGAAUGGUAUAAUUAUACGAUAAUUAUUAUUAUAAUAUAUAGCUUACAAUGGGUAUUUUUUUCAUUCUUUCGGUAUACAUAAUAUUAUAUUAUAUGUACACAGUGGCGUGUACAUAACUUUUGUAUUGGGGGGGUGAAGGCGUUAGUGACGAAAAAAUUUCUUCGUGGGGAAGUUUAUUUACAUUAAAUCUAUACGUGUACGAAAUUGUGUACACUCUGAAAAGUAUAAAACGUAAGAAACGUAGGUUUUUUUUUUAAUAUAUUGUAAUAUACUUACAUACCUAGUAUACUUAUAUUAAAAUUAUACGAUUUUCGGUGCCGAUCUGUCGUUGGUGUUGGUUUUGCGCAAUUUGAUUGUGGCGAAUACGUUCGUUCUGAAAAACGUCAAAAAUAUAUUAAAAACUAAUAAAAUUGUACAUUUGUACCUACCGAAC